CUAGUCCAACCCGAAUAACAAAUGAUAGACCCAUUAGGGAUUCGUGUGAAAUCAAUUAGGUAUCUCAAUCCAAACCGUCCAUUUUAGAAUAGUCUCCUAUUCAGAAUCAAACACGAUUGUGUUGCGAUAAAUUUGACAUUUGUGUAUAUAAAUACCCAACUCUGCGGAGCCUAGAGUAGUUCAUUCUUUUAGGGUUUGUUAUUCGUUUGCUUUGUUAUUCAUCCAUCUCUUUGUUGAUCAGCAGCAACAGCUUCUUGAAAAUUAAUGAAUCAAGAUGCACAACUGCAAUUCUAGUCUCUACUUCAAAGCCCUUCAAAGAAAUUUCGAAGCUUGUCGAUUUCGCUUUCGUUGUGCCAUCGUUUCUUUCUUUGUUGCCAUCGAAGCAUUCUCUGAACGACGCCGCUUUGUUCUUUAGCGCCUGUUUUGUGAGUAGCUCAUCUCUCUUUUUUUUGAUUCUUUGAUUUGGGUGUUUGAUAGAUUUCGUUUUUAUGGCUUGUGUGAAAUCAAAAUUGGAUCUUGAUGUUGAAGAGGAUUGUGUAGUGGAGGAGUCUCCGAAUAAUAGGUAUAUACGAUAUGAUGAGGUUUUGGGGUUUGGGAAUUCUAGGGCUGUGUAUAAGGGUUUUGAUAAGGAUGAUGGGACUGAGGUUUGUUGGAAUAAGUUUUGUUUGAGUGAUGAUGUGUUGAAUUCGGGUUUUUGUCGUGAGAAAUUGGCGAGUAUUAGGUUGUUGAAGCAUGGGAAUGUGGCUAGGUAUUUGGGUUCUUGGGUGGAUGUUGAGAAUAAGACUGUGAAUAUGAUUACGGAGUCGUGUAGCUCGGGGAGUUUGAGGAAGUUUAGGAUGAAGCAUAAGGGUGUUGACAUGAAGGCGAUUAAGAAGUGGGCUAGGCAGAUUUUGGAAGGGUUGUGUUAUUUGCAUUCGCGGAGUCCUCCUGUGAUUCAUGGUGAUUUGAAUUGUGAUGAGUUGUUCAUUAAUGGGAAUGGUGGGGAGGUUAAGAUUGGUGGGCUUGGGUUUGCGAUGAUUUCACAGCAGGCUGUUGGAGGGUUUGUACCGGAGUUUGUGGCACCUGAGGUCUUUGAAGGUGCUGGUGAUCAACUUGUCGACAUCUAUGCUUUUGGGAUGUGUAUGUUGGAGUUGUUUACUUGUGAGUAUCCGUAUAGCGAGUGCACGAAUGCGGGACAGAGAUAUAAGAAGAUUGCAUCUGGUGUGAAGCCUGCUGCCCUUGAGAAAGUGAAGAAUCAGCAAGCAAAGGACUUUAUUGAGAAGUGCCUGGCACCUGCAUCUCAGAGGUUGUCUGCCACUGAGCUUUUAAAACAUCCAUUCCUUUCCUAUGAUGAUUCGAAAGAGCCUUCCAAGUGUCCCAAGUUCAUCGAUGCAAACUUGUUGCAGCCCAAGUCUAAAGCUCCUAGUCAGAUAUCUUCAGGUUGUGGAAACGUUUCCUGGGAAAGCACGUGGUCAACAAAUGCCAAGGGAGAUCGUGUAUUGGUUACAGAGUUUUAUAUAUCCAAAGGGAAUAAGGAAUGGAGAUUGAGGGGAGAGAAAGCAGAUGACAACUCAAUUUCGUUUGUGUUACUCGUGAAGGAUGCAAGACUGCACAAGAGGCUCAAAUUUGAGUAUACGUUUUUCCCUAAAAUUGAUAAUGCAGAAUCUGUGGCUGAGGAGUUGGUUUCAUGUAACGAAGAGCUCUCGAUGGAAGAUAUUCCCCCCACCAGAGAGUUGAUGGAUACAUUGCUUUUUCAACUAGUUCGUGGCUGGAAAUCAUCAAAUCGAGGAGUAAACCGUUCAUCUGAGGAGAAUGCUCCAGCUGAAAACGAUCAGCACUUCUUGCAGUCCUGUCGGGAUCUCUUGAGGAAGAGUGAAGAGGCACAUGAGAAUGACAAGAAGAGUUGGUUAAGUGGAAGGAUGCCUGUUCCUUCAAAAUCAGUUCUGUCUAGGUAAAGGAGAUGGUAUUUGUCACCUAGUAUCUGGUUUUUUUUGUCACCAGUAGUUUGUGUUAUGCUUGUGGUGUAUGGAUCUCCUAUUGUUUCAAUGCAAUUCUUUUAGUUAGUUUUC